AUGAUGGCAUAUGGAAUAAAAUAUCCAACUCUUUCUAUGGUCAUUCCAUUAAUAGAGACGAUUAAAUUGAAACUUAAAACAGAGAGAAAACAAUAUUCCACUGAUUCAAUGCUUUAUGAGCUAAGUAACAAUUUAAUCGACUCACUUAAUACCAGAUUUUCAGAGAUUCAUGACGAUAAGUGCCAAAAAUCAACAUUUCUUGACCCAAGCUUGUUGGAUGAAAUCCUUGAGUCAAGAAAUGCUUCGAUUCAAGGUAGUCAAGGCAGUAGACUAAGUAACCAUCAAUUGAGUCAGCACUCAAAUCAAUCAUCAACUCAACAGUCUACCGAAGGUAAUGCUGCAAGUGGGUUUUGGGAUAUUUUAACCCAGUCUGAAGGUAUUCAGCGAUCAUUAUCAGCAGUUGAAAAAUCAUUUGUUGAAAACGAAUUAUCAGGAUAUCUGAGUGAGAUAAAAAUUCCUCCAAAUGAAUGUUCACUCACUUGGUGGAGAAAAAAUACUCCAAGAUAUCCCCAUUUGGCAAAUAUAGCCAGGCAAUAUCUUAGCAUUCCCUGUACAUCUACUGAAAGUGAGAGAGUAUUUUCAUCGGCUGGUGAAAUAGUUGAGGAUCGUCGUUGUUCGUUGCUUCCAGACAAUGUCGAGCAAUUGACAUUUUUAGCAAAAAAUGUUUAA